CAAGUGCGUAAAAUCAUAAAAAUGUACUAAAAACUUUGUCAACUUUUUUUGACAUGUUUAACAUUGUACCCUGUUAUUAAUACGUAAUUUUAAGACAUUGGAUUACAUGGAUUUUUAGUCUGUAACAGUAAUUUAUAUAUAUGGUCAAAAAGUCACGUGACUGAAGUUAUCGCUGUCCAGUUUGCAGAGGUAGUGAAACUCAAAUGGCUUGCACAAAGAAGUACAGAUUUCUUUUGAGCAAAUAUUUUGUACGUCCUUACAGUGCAAAAGAUAUCGCGAGGACAGCAGCAUGCAUCCACUGGCUGCAGCAACGACAGCUGACAACGAAAUUCCCCGAAUUUCAGAAUGACCAAAACCUGCGGGGUCAUGACCAAAUUUAUAACUUCAGCUUGGAGAAUCCCGAUAGGUUUUGGAGCACUCUCGCCAGAUCUCGAUUACAAUGGGCUAGGGAUUUUGAAACUGUUAAGGACUGUGAUAUUAGAAAGGGGCAUAUACGAUGGUUUUUGGGAGGCCAGCUGAAUGCAUCAGUGAAUUGUGUUGAUCGGCAUCUUGACAGUCUUGGAGAUUCUGAUGCUUUGAUUUGGGAGAAAGACGAGCCAGGCACAGAGGAGCAUGUCACAUACAAGCAACUAUCGCAAAUGGUGAACAGAAUCGCCAACAUGCUGAAGAACCAUGGAGUGAAGAAAGGAGACAGAGUUGCCAUCUAUCUGCCCACCUCCCCUGUUGCCAUCGCGGCCAUGUUGGCAUGUGCCAGGAUAGGGGCAGUCCACAGUGUUGUGUUUGCAGGAUUCAGUGCUGAGGCAUUGGCAGGCAGAAUCCUGGAUGCCGAUGCAGAGACAGUGAUCACUGCAGAUGAGGGUGUACGUGGAGGUCGAUCCAUUCCGCUAAAGAAAACUGUGGAUGAAGCGGUAUCUCAGUGUCCCUGUGUCAAACGAGUGUUUGUUUAUCAGCGGACAGGAAAUGGAUCAUUAGGCAAGAAUGACUUCUCCUUGGACGAAGAAAUGGCCAAGGAGUCAGAUAUUUGUGAGCCAGAGAAAAUGGAGAGUGAAGAUUACUUGUUUAUGUUGUACACCUCAGGGUCAACAGGAAAACCCAAAGGCAUUGCCCAUUCCACUGCUGGGUACCUGUUGUAUGCUCUGAUGACUCAGAAGCAUGUAUUUGACUACAAAGUUGGAGAGAGAUUUGGGUGUGUGGCAGACAUUGGCUGGAUCACCGGACACAGUUACGUGGUGUAUGGACCGCUACUUAAUGGAGCCACCACAGUCCUCUUUGAAAGUACCCCAAUUUACCCUGAUGCAGGUCAGUGAAAAUGGGCAAAAAUUACAAGUGUGAAUAUGUACCUGGCCCCCACAGCUCUACAAAUACUGAUAUGUUCUAGGAGCUUUUAUGUCAAAACAUAUUCAUUGUCUAUAUUUCUCCUAAUUUUUUCAGUUGGGGAGCCACUGAACCAUGAAGCCUUUGAGUGGUACCGCGAUGUGGUGGGGGAGGGGAGAUGUGAUGUGGUGGACACGUGGUGGCAGACAGAGACCGGUGGAAUCUGCAUCACGCCCCGCCCCUCAGAGGCGGGGGCCCCAAUCCUGGCAGCCAUGCCAAUGAGGCCUUUUUAUGGAAUUGCUCCUGUACUAUUGGAUCAGAAUGGAAAAGAAGUAGCUGGCAAUGAUGCUAAAGGUGCCCUGUGUAUCAAGUCAGUGUGGCCAGGAAUGGCCCGGACAAUUUAUGGUGACCACAAGCGAUUUCUGGACACCUAUUAUAAUCCAUACCCAGGAUAUUACUUCAGUGGAGAUGGAGCCAGGAGAACAGCUGAUGGGCACUAUCAGAUAACAGGACGGAUGGACGAUGUUCUGAAUAUUAGCGGACACAGGCUGGGUACAGCUGAAAUUGAGGAUGUAUUGGAUGACCAGGAAGAAAUAGCAGAAUCAGCUGUUGUAGGGUAUCCUCAUGACGUCAAGGGAGAAGGUAUUUAUGCGUUUGUGGUUCUGAAGGGUGAGUCUCACAAGGCUGAUGACAAGUUAGCGGAGGAAAUGAGAGUCAUGGUGAAGACCAGGAUUUCUUCAUUCGCACAGCCAGAUAAAAUUCUGUUCACUCCUGGGCUUCCUAAGACAAGAUCUGGUAAGAUCAUGAGGAGAAUACUGAGGAAGAUCGCGGCAGAUAAACCUGACGAGCUCGGAGACACUUCCACGCUGUUUGAUCCAUCUAUUGUCGAUGCCAUCGUAAACAAACAUCAAACUGUCUACGGAACAAAGAAGGACUGAGUGGCCCUUAAUAGUGGGUUAAAUACAGACUGUGGAUAUUCUCAGUUAUGUAGAGGCCUUUAUUAAUCUUUGAAUGAUUUUUACAAUUUAUUGAUAAUUGUUGUAGAUUAGCAUGUUUUAGAAAAAUCAGUAUUAAAACAGGGAUCUGAUGAUUUAUAUAUUCUUUAGGCUGUGGUUGGAACUCUUUUUUAUUCAAUGUUAUUUAAAUGUAGGCUACAUGAUUGAUAUAGCAACUUCUUUUUUUUUAUAUUAUAUAUAUCAUUUCGUACAGCACAAUUUUUUUUUAUAAAACUGUCUUAUGAAUCUAAGAGGUUAAAUGUUUGAUUGAUUGAUUGAAACCUGGUUUUGGAUGAGAUAGAUGCAAUAUUUUUUUUACAUCCAAUUUUUGAUAAAACUGUCUUAUGAAUCUUAGACGUUAAAUGUUUGAUUGAUUGAAACCUGGUUU